AAAUUAAUAAUCAAUGCGAGAAAGUCUGAAACAGUGGGGGAACUCUCUUGGUAGGGAAACCCGCGAUACCUAACCUUCGUCUGCAAACAAUCGCCUCAUCCUGCAAUCUUCUCCUUCCGUUAAUUAAUUUCGAUUCCUCCCUUUACGAAUCAAUAUCCACAGCCCUUCACUCUUAUCUUGCUUUUGUUUUGCUUUUGUUUUUUGUUUUUUGUUUUUUGCUUUUUUGUGUUUCGCGUUUUGUGUUUUUGUUUCAGGUAAGGUGCGAAGUGAUGGGAACGAACGGUUCUUCCUCCAGGAGAAGGUCUUCUUCUUCUCUCAAGAAAAAGCGCUCCAAGAAUCCCUCUGAGGUUCGAAAAAGGAAGAGUAGUAGGAGGAAUAGACCUGGGAAGUUACGUCGUUGUGACGAUUCCAUUUCAUAUUCUGAUGAGGAUGAUUCAGGAAGUUCGAGAAGCUCGGUGUCCUAUUCAUCUUCUAGUUCUGAGUAUGAUCGGAGAAGGAGAAGGUCUCGGUCUCGCACUCGAGGGAAUGUAAAGAGUAGGAAGAGGGAUCGAACGCUUUCUUCUAGCAGAGAAAAUUUAAUCCGUGAUAAGAAAAGAAAAGGGUCGAGGAGAAAUAUCAAUUCGGAUGCGAGGAAAAAAAUCAAAUCGGAUGCGAGGAAAAAAUCUUCCAAGAAAAAGCCUAGGAGAGAUGUGAGUCUUAGUUCUGCGAGCAGUAGUUCCUGGAGCUCUUCCAGUAGUAGCGAUGAGGGUGAAUUUGAGAGGCUGAGAGGGAGAACUGGUAGAAAGGAAAGAGACAAAAGAAGGGAGGGAAAGGUUAAUAGUGGAACAAAAAGGAUCAGAUAUCGGUCCAGGAGUCCAUCUUCACGCAGCAGAUACAGCAAUGGUAGUGGUCAUCAUAGUGAGGAGAGAUUGAUGAUUGAGAAUAGUUCAAGGCGACUGAAGUCUGUUAUUACUUUUGCAAAAGAAGCAGAUGAAAAUGAGGGGAGGGAAUUGGAUGAAGAUGAGGGCAAAGAGGAGAUGAUCUAUGAUCACGAUGAUUACCCUUGCAGAAGUGGUGAUAGUAAUGAUGGGGGCAGCAAGAAAGACACUGCUUAUAAUUCGUAUGUUGCAUCUGAGAAGAGAAGGCAGGUGGAAAAUGACAAAGGGACUGAAGCUUUUUUUUCUGAGAUCAGAAGCACCGGGAAUGAGAGUGGAAAGGGUAGUGGGGAUAAACAUGAGGGAAGUAAUCAUAGUCUAGACUUUGUUCAAGCAGAUAAUCCUUCUGAGGAAAAUAAGAGGGAGGUUCCUUCUGAGAUGCAUAAUCCAAAUGUUGAUGAUUUAGAGUCAAUUUUAAGACGAAAGGCUUUGGAAAAUCUAAGGAAGUUCCGUAUCCAAACAAACACAAAGGCUCCUGCUAAACAAAAAGAUAUGAGUGACAGUAACGUGAAGCAGUUGUCCCCUGCAAAAGCUGAGUUGGGACGAUGGAAGCCCCCACAAGAUGAUGACAUUAGAGUUGGAGGCACAGCCCCAGCAGUUGAUCAUGCCAUUUCACCUAAAAUGAGAGCAGAUUCAUUUUCGUCUUCACAAAAUGAGGGCAAGAUUCUGGAAGUGAAACGCCGUAUCAUUAAAUCUGUAGUUGCUAAGGAGGAUAUUGUUUCUCCCACAGAUCAGAAGGAUGUCUCGGGUAAUAUCAAAGAAAAAAUGAUUUCCACUGCUGGCGCAAUUACUGGUAAAUCAGAACUAGGUACUGUUUCUUUGAGGCAAAAAUCAUCGAGUACUUACUCCGCCAUAAAGCAAGUACCCACUUCACACAUUUCUAAAGAAAACCUGUUGGCUACUAAGAGUAGUGUAGAUAAUAGCUUGAUUGAAACUGCACAAACUGUUCCCCAUAGUAGCAAUAACAAUGAUUUGGAAGUCAGUAAUGCCAGUGGUUCUGCUGUUCCCAAACCUUCGUCUUGCCUUAAAUCUGCACUUGGGGAGUGUAAUACUAAAGAUGAAACCAAGGAGGGCUCACAAUUUGAACAGAAAACAAUGUCUGUAAUGCGGGGAGGUGAAAUGGUACAGGUGAGCUACAAGGUUUACAUCCCAAAGAAAGCCCCUGCUUUAGGUAGAAGGCAACUCCAGCGAUAAUGCUCGACUCGAUUUUAGUUCAGUUUGGGAAAAAGUUAAAUGGCUAUACUCAAUUUACUUGUUGAUUUUCAGUUGCGUGACAAAGCAAAAGACUGGAAAUUUCUACUCAGGCCAUUUGCACCUCAAAGCUUGGGAGUAGGGGGGAAUCUUUGCGGAGAUUAUUAUUUUAGAAUAAUCCAUUCAUCUUAGAAUGGUGUCUUUAUGUUUUGUAAAUGUCUUUACGGCAUGUAGUUUUAUUGAUUCGUCUGGGACAUAUUCAGUGGUUUUGAUAUGCUGAUUUCUCUCGCUUUGGUCA